AUGACAGUUAUACCGUAUUCGAUUUUUGAAAAGAGAACUAAAUGCGUUGAUUGCCCUUCGAAGCCGAAGAAUUCAUGCCCAAAAUGUGAGUCAGGAAAAGAAUGUGUUUUGGCCCAUCAAACAUGCGACACUUGUGCUUAUUAUAAAUGUACACGGAUUGAUGGAGAUUCAACUAAAUCCAAGCCUGUCGGAGGCAUAAUAGGGGGAUCGAUCGGAGGAUUCGUAUUGAUAUUGAUGGUGGUAGGAAUUUUGUAUUAUAAGUUCGUAUAUCGAAAGAAACAUCCUGUGUUACUAGAGGAUGAUGAUGAUAUAUUGAUGAGUGGAAUCGAGUCUGAGAGCGACCGCAAGAGUGACUAUACCAUCAGUAACCUUGAUAGUUACCAGGGAGACCCCAAUAUGGCACCAUUAGGGGGUUUAACGAGGAAUGGAAGUACUCAGGAGAAGACAGGAACGAGACCUGCUGCUGCCAACAAGAGGAUAUCGUCGUACGAGUCGUUCACCAGACCCAAGACCAAAUAUAACAAGAACACCAGACGGACUGGGGGUCGCGGGGGUGCGAGAGCGAGAACUAGAGUUGGUGCCUAUCUGGAUAAUAAUUCUAGUAGACAUUCUGUGGCCACGACCAUGUCCACUACAAACGCAUCUAACAUUUUGCCUAUUGCAUAUAUACCGGGGGUUACCGUGAGACCCACCAAGAACAAUACCAGAUCGAUCUAUUCGUACGAGACCGAGUCUGUGUUCUCUGACUUGAAUACGAUCGAGAAUGCGUCUAUCAUUGGGGACGUGAUGAGAGCCAACCAGCUCCAGGAUGCAAACGCUGGGCAGGCCGACGCAAAUGCUAACGGGUCUACAAAUAAAGACAGCACCAUGACCGCCAUCAAGGCCCAUCCCAAGUUGAUCAAUGUUGACAGAAUUGAAGAAGAGGACGAAGACGAUAUUACAGACGAAGACGAUGACACAUAUGCGGACACGUACGACGACUCGCUGGUGGCAUACGAGGCACAACAAGACGCCACAAACACCACGAACAUGAGAGACUCCCAAACGUCGAUUCCCCAGGAGAACCCUGUGGACAUGUCGUCCGAAGAGCACCACUACAUCAAUGUUAACGCCGAUGAUGAUGCUGAUUCAGACUCUGACGUCGACUCAGACAUCGGCGAGAUCACCAGGGCUACUAGUGUGAAAAGGCCGGCCGAAUCCAUACCCCAGAGUCGUGAAGUGCUUCUUGAUGUCACCGGUGGGCCCAAUUCCACCUCCUCCAUCACCGUGGACACCCACCAUGAAGCCGUCGAGUUGUCCCAAUUGGGCAGACCCACCGGACCCUUACACCAGUAUAACGAAACAGACUCCCCCACGAACACGUCCGCCGGCUCGUUUAUCUUAGAUGUCGAAUUCGAGGAUUCCCGCCCUUUUAGCGAUCCCUAG